AUGUCUCUCUUUGGCGGAGGAGAUGAAAGUGGACCGCCCUCACCCAGUCAGGCUAGCGACUUUUCCAUCAGCACCAUCGGCGAGGAUCGAGAACUCACAGCGCAUUCUGAAGGCUCGCCAGACACGGCGGCUGGUCACGACAAUGACGACCCUGAAAACGAGACAGACGAUAUUGCUGCUAGAGAAAUACAAGAGCUGGAUGUAUCAAGACAUAACAGAAGUCCAUCAGCAAUAUCAGACAUCAGCGAGUUUGACAUUCGGCCCAACCGCUUCAAAGGGUCAGACCGCGCCUGGCUACACCACACGCACGCCGAACGCUCUCUUGCCAUAUCGCUCGACCAGCUCAACGCCCAUGAUCUGAGUCUUCACCUGUAUAGUGCUCACCACUUGAAGGCUCGCUUGCGCCACAAACAUACUUUAUCGACCUUCAAACCUUGGAGCAGAAAGAGUCGUUGGCUGCCCGACAAUCACAACAUCCAAAAGCCAUGGUAUCCCGAAUCCGACUGGACUGCUUGGCCUCUCCCUCCUGAGACUGUUCCGAACGGCGAUGAGACAUUCGGUCGCCCCAACGAUGGACUCGAUUCCUACACUCUGCGCAACGCCAACCAACCUGCUCCGGCAGACAGUCUACGAGAACAACUACAUGCCGUUAUACUAGCACGAGCACACAAUGAUUGGAAGUCCAGGGAUCAGCACGUUCCUGAGCCACAACACGUCACAACUGCAGCCAAUACCACUCCCAUUAGAUACUCGCCCGUGAGACGAGGACGGACUCGCUCUGUAUCUGCUGGUCCUAGUUCGGCUCCUUCUUCGCCGUCUGUAGGCGACGACUUGCCUCCCCUCUCGUCGCUAGACCAAUCCAUCGUCGAGGAGGGAGAUCAAAACCAUCUCAACUUGCAUCCACACCAGUCCAUCAAAGAUGAGGGUGAGAAGUUCGAAGACAAGGACCUUGCGCGUCCAGUCUUUUCUGCCGACGACGAUCGCUCGCGCGCUCUUCUAGACCCGACUGUCAACCACGUCAUGUCGAAGCUUGAUCGACUCCUCCUUGCCUUGCAUCAGAGUAGACAGGCGCAUUCACUUCGUACAAGAGACGGCGAUACUUCGGAUUCUUCUGCAAGAUCAAAUUCUCGAUCACGUUCCACACCCAACAAGUCGUCCAGCAAGUCCUCAAACAAACGGGCCAAAAAGACAACUCCACCUCAAACUGCCACCCGAACCAGACACAGCCUACGUACCGGCGCUGCCUCUCGUCCAUCCAGUCCAACAGAUCUCGUGGUCUUUGACGAUUCUGGAGAAGAUGAGACAUAUGCGCCGGAGAAGCCCAAAAGACGCUCGCGAUCACCCAGCAAUAGAGCAUCUUCAACUGAGCCCGAGACUCAGACUACAUCUCCGAGUGGCAAGAAACGACGCAAUGCUCGCAAACCAGGCUUGAGAGAUUGGAGUGAAGUCUUGGGUAUGGCUAGCUUAAUCGGUUGGGAUCCUGCUGUGAUUGAGCGAACUCGCCAUCGAUGCCGAGAUCUCUUCGGGGAAGACAUGCAACUCUUUACCAUGCCUGAGAAUGACAAUUCUUCUGCUGAUGAAGCUGAGCCUAUCAACCGUGCUCUAGAUACUCGAUCAACCCACUCUGCAAGCUGGCGAUGCCCUAUGGCGAACUGCUUCCGUAACGUGCAGCCCCUUGAACAUGGUUUCCGCUGGCGUGAGCAUAUGCGCAAGGCACACAAGUACGACAACGAUCAGAUCGCGAAGCUUGAAGAACAGCUGGUCCAGUCUGGAGAUAUUGCUCCCGUACAGAAACGCCAUCGUGUAUUGGCUCACAACCCUCAAGCGUGGCAACCUCCAGAUCCGCUCAGAUGUCCACACUGUCCUACGUCUGAAUACGUCUUCCCCAAAGUCAGCCGCCUGGUUGACCAUAUAAAAAGGACCCACAAAUACGAUCCACGCAUUCAAGAACCACCUGAACGUUUGUCGAGCAGGGCUACUGGUCAAGAUGGAGAUGGCGCCCCUGACAAGUCAAGUAGUUCUGACGAAGAUAGCGAUGGCUAUAUGGUUGGUGGUGUACACAAUGAUGGCUUCUUGCAGCCUGUACUCCGCCAUGCUAAUUCAAGAGGAAGAGAUCUUGAGCAAAGGGCAAAGAGGGCCAAUGCUCGUCGCUCAAAAGCUGAGUUGAAGAAGGUCAAGCGUUGA